UCGCUCUGGCCCAUUUCAGUGGUCUCCAUCCACACAGUGAGGAGAUCCGGUGGCCCGUCUCCUGCGCUCCACUCCAUCACCACCACCACCAUCUUUGAGAUAAAACACUGGCUUGAGGUUCUUGGAGCAGAAGCAGCAGCGGCAGUCGUAGUGGGCUGGCGCUGCAGUUGCGCUGGCACACAUUCAACGUGGGCGCACACACGGCGAGAGAGAGAGAGAGAGAGAGAGAGAGAGAGAGAGAGAGAUAUCCGCCGCCGCAUCUUGUGGAUUUCUUUGCGCUCCAGCCCGUGUUCAUGAUUCUCCCUGCUUCUCCUCGCCCACAAACACGCCAGGAGUUGAUUUCACUUCUCGGGGAAAAAUGUGGAGUCGCAGAGUUGCGGCGGUCCUGGUUUUACUUCAUCUCAUCGGGGACUCGCUGGCAGGGUUUCCAAACCAAAUCAACAUCGGUGGACUGUUCAUGCGCUCCACAGUGCAGGAGCACAGCGCCUUUAGGUUUGCUGUCCAGCUCUACAACACCAACCAGAAUGUGACAGAAAAACCGUUUCACCUCAAUUAUAAUGUUGACAACUUGGAGUCCUCGAACAGUUUCUCUGUCACACAUGCCUUCUGCUCCCAGUUCUCCCGGGGAGUCUACGCCAUCUUCGGCUUCUACGACCGCAAGUCCAUGAACACGCUGACCUCCUUCUGCGGCGCCCUGCACACUUCCUUCAUCACGCCCAGCUUCCCCAUCGACGCCGACGUGCAGUUUGUCAUCCAGAUGAGGCCCAGUUUGAGGGGCGCCAUUCUCAGCCUGCUGGACCAUUACAAGUGGGAGAGGUUCGUCUAUCUUUACGACACCGACAGAGGCUUUGCAAUCCUCCAGGCCAUAAUGGAGUCGGCUGUAGCCAAUAACUGGCAGGUGACGGCUCGCUCUGUUGGGAACGUUAACGUCUCAACGUACACACAAAUCAUCAGGGAGAUGGACAACCGACAGGAGAAACGUUUUCUCAUCGACUGUGAGGUGGAUAGGAUCGACUUAAUACUCCAGGAGGUGGUGGCCUUAGGGAAGAACACCAGGGGAUACCACUAUAUCGUAGCCAACCUGGGGAUCUCCAACACGAGUCUGGACAAGGUCUUUUCUGGUGGGGCCAACAUCACAAGCUUCCAAAUCAUCAACCCAGACAGCCCCAUCGUGCAGCAGUUCCUCCAGCGCUGGGAGCGCUUGGAUGAAAGAGAAUUUCCAGAAGCCAAAAACACUCCACUGAAGUACACAUCAGCACUGACCCAUGAUGCCAUCCUUGUGAUCGCGGAGGCCUUCCGGUAUCUUCGGCGUCAGCGAGUAGACGUGUCACGCAGAGGAAGUGCUGGUGACUGCCUCGCCAAUCCCGCUGUGCCUUGGAGCCAAGGCAUCGACAUAGAGAGGGCACUCAAAAUGGUUCAAGUACCAGGUAUGACAGGAAACAUCCAGUUUGACACAUUUGGGCGACGGUCUAAUUACACAAUUGAUGUGUACGAGAUGAAGCCCAAAGGUCCCAGGAGGAUCGGCUACUGGAAUGAGUACGAAAAAUUUGUAUAUAUUAUGGAUCAGCAGGUCACCAACGAAUCCUCUUCUGUGGAAAACCGAACAAUUGUGGUCACUACUAUUAUGGAAGCGCCGUAUGUGAUGUACAAGAAAAACUAUAUGCAGAUGGACGGCAAUGACAGAUAUGAAGGCUACUGUGUCGAUUUAGCUUCUGAAAUUGCAAAGCAUGUGGGGAUAAAAUAUAAGCUGUCGAUAGUGCCAGAUGGAAAAUACGGAGCCAGAGACCCGGACACCAAGACGUGGAACGGGAUGGUGGGUGAACUGGUUUAUGGGAGAGCUGACAUAGCCGUGGCUCCUCUCACCAUUACGUUGGUACGGGAGGAGGUGAUAGACUUCUCUAAACCCUUCAUGAGCUUGGGAAUCUCUAUUAUGAUUAAGAAGCCUCAAAAGUCCAAGCCAGGAGUGUUUUCCUUCCUGGACCCACUGGCCUAUGAGAUUUGGAUGUGCAUAGUGUUUGCCUAUAUCGGCGUGAGCGUGGUACUCUUCCUGGUGAGCCGUUUCAGCCCCUAUGAGUGGCACUUGGAUGAGAACGAUGAGGCCAAAGACCCUCAGAGCCCCCCUGACCCUCCAAACGACUUUGGGAUUUUUAAUAGCCUGUGGUUCUCCCUGGGCGCCUUCAUGCAGCAAGGAUGCGAUAUCUCACCAAGGUCUCUGUCGGGCCGUAUUGUCGGGGGAGUGUGGUGGUUCUUCACCCUCAUCAUCAUCUCUUCCUACACGGCCAACCUGGCUGCCUUCCUCACCGUGGAGAGGAUGGUCUCUCCCAUCGAGAGUGCAGAGGAUCUGGCCAAGCAGACGGAAAUCGCCUACGGCACGCUAGACUCUGGCUCAACUAAGGAGUUCUUUAGGCGCUCCAAAAUAGCCGUUUAUGAGAAAAUGUGGUCGUACAUGAAAUCGGCCGAACCCACCGUGUUUGUCAAGACGACACCGGACGGGGUCUCCCGGGUCCGGAAGUCGAAGGGCAAGUUUGCCUUUCUGCUCGAAUCCACAAUGAAUGAGUACAUAGAGCAGCGGAAGCCCUGCGACACCAUGAAAGUGGGCGGCAACCUCGACUCUAAGGGCUACGGUGUGGCCACACCUAAAAGCUCAGCAUUAAGAAAUGCUGUUAACCUGGCAGUGUUAAAACUGAAUGAGCAAGGCCUCUUGGACAAAUUGAAAAACAAAUGGUGGUACGACAAGGGAGAGUGCGGCAGCGGGGGAGGUGACUCUAAGGACAAGACAAGUGCAUUGAGCCUGAGCAACGUGGCAGGCGUCUUCUAUAUUCUGGUCGGGGGGCUCGGCUUGGCUAUGACCGUUGCUUUGAUAGAGUUCUGCUAUAAGUCACGGCAGGAAACAAAAAAACUCAAGCUGGCGAAGAAUGCCCAAAACUUUAAGCCAGCCCCUCCAGCAAACGCCCAGAAUUUUGCCACAUACCGUGAAGGCUACAACGUCUACGGGACGGAGAGUGUGAAAAUCUAACGGGUGAUUCGUAAACCCCACUGGUGCAUAAAGGAUAGAAAGAGCCACUCCGACACGUGACACGUGACCCCGUUAACCCUCCACCCCUCGAAGGUGGGCAUCCUGGAAGUGAUGCCUUCCUCGUCAUCAGCUUGGACUCAAGCCAAUAAGUCAACAAGUGCUCAUUUGGGGUUAUGAACUGUCACACUAACAGAGGGCAAUCACACACAUCUGGACUUCUGUUUGCGGGAACAUGGGAAUUGCCUCUUGUAGUGCCUUAAGGAGCAUUUUGGCGUCAUGGCAAUGCAGAACAAAUUAAAUUCACUUGAUAAACACAGAACAAAAAAACAGAAAUCCUUGGAAACGGCGGCGGUUGGAUAAGAAACGGCUUCAUGUAGAUGGACUGAUGUAAUUACUGUUUUAUAUUUUGAAGACGACACAAAAAAAAAAAGCCAUGGUUUGCAAUGAAAUCCCUGAGGUACUUAAGUAAUUUAAAUCCUUUAAAGAGAUAUUUUUGUGGUGAAACCUUAAGUUGGAUAAAUGUUAUGUUUAGUGAGGUAAAGUCAUUUUCUUGUGUUAUUAUUAUAAGGAUAUUUCCAGUGUCAGAACAUUUAGGACAAGCAUCAGUAACAAUAAUAAGGUUAAGGAUCAGUUGAACUGGCAGCAUUUUCUACCAGUUUUUUUUUUUUUACUCCAAUUUCAACACGUCAUGCUUGUGUACAUCUGAAACAGCUGGGAUGGUGUUUGUUUCAUAGCCUGCCGGACAUUCAACCUACUCUGUAGUUACUUGGAUGCUUGUUUUAAAUCAAGUACGUCAUUUGUUUAAAACUGCCACUUUUGGAAGAAAAGAAAAAAAGACAUUUCUACUGAAGAGGCCGGCUUGUUUUCACUUAGCAGCGCAUUACUGAGCUCGAAACAAUUCCCAACUCUCUAGAUGAAAAGAAAAAAAGACCCCGUUUUAUGUAACAGAGCAUUAAAGACGAUUUUAAAAGAGCCCAUGGUUUACACUUUGUACACAUUUCAGCACUGCUCUCACGUAAGUGCGGUUUCAUCCAACAGUUUUGGUAAACGGCAGUGUGCCGUAGCUUCUUUUGGUUGUGAUGAGCUUUCUGUGCGACGAAUCAAACAUUUGUACGACUAAACUCUCUGAAGUCCGUAGGGAGAGGCUGACAUUCGAAACCAUUUGCGCCUACACUUGUUUGAUAGCUCUUUCUCAUCCUUUUCAUAAAGUGCAUGUGAAUUUGGUGGUAGUUUAAUCAAAUAGCAACUCCAGACGGACCCCGGUUUAGUCGGCUCUAAAAUGACUUUUAUUCCUGUUUGAUUUUAGGGGGCUUUUUUGGGGUUAAUUUAUUGAUACCUCAACUAUGAGAGUUGCAUGUAUGGACACAACAAACCUCUGUGUAGAGGUCCUGUACAAAGGAUUUUAUUACAUUUCCUUAAUAAAAGAAGAUUUAUAUUCA